GAAAAACAACGUUACGUAGAAGCGGCAACGCCGAAGGCCGUACAACACUCAUAUGGAACCUGCUAGCGCGUCACUCCAAGCGUCAUUCCGCCACUACCAGACCAACAAGAGAGUUCUUCAACACAGCUUGAAGAUGUCAUCCAUGACUGAGUUCCCCUUGCUCUGUAUUCCAGAUGAACAUAAAAAUGAGAAGGUAAAGCAGUUGUUAGCUCCUCUCGUGUUAACAAAGUCACAGCAACAGAAAGUUUGUAAUGUUUUCCUUGAUGAGAUGCAUUUGGGCCUUGCUUCCAAUCCUGAGAAGAAAUCUUCCCUUUUGAUGGAGAAUACUUUUAUCCCUGAACUUCCUGAUGGUACAGAAAAUGGUGAAUACAUGGCUCUAGACCUAGGAGGAACCAAUUUUCGAGUCAUAUAUGUCCAGAUGAAGAACGGAAGCAUUACAGAGGAAAUUGUAGACUACUAUCAUGUGCCAGAAGAGCGACGGCUUGGACCUGGACCAGAACUCUUUGAUUAUCUUGCUGAAUGUAUUGGAAACUUUAUGAAGAAAAGGAAAUUGGGAGGACGAAACUUACAACUCGCCAUGAGGUUCCCUCAUGGCAAGUGUCCAAGCAGGCCCUUGGCCUAUCUCUAA